CCGGAAAACGUUUGAUAAAACUCCAGAGUAAUUCAUCUUUGGCGCAACACACGAUCUUCGUUGCAACUCUUCGGACAGAAAACAAGCAACUCCACAAAGCUCCAAAUAAGCUGCCAUCCAACACAGCUGGGCUGACAGGAGGGAAGGGGAGAGGAUAACCCUGGUCUCCCUUAGCUGAUCCCAAGGUAACCUGCUAGCAAUGGAUGACAGCUCCUCUCUGGGCAAAGUCAGCAGCUCAACAGAGUCCGUGGCCACCGUCACCAGUGAAGAGUUUGUUCUGGUACAGCCCGGCUCGGCCAGUUCACCGCAGAGCUCCGAGGGCAGACCAAGACUCAAGAUGUCCUGGAAUGGAAGUGAUCAGCUGGAAAAAGCCAUGGAGGAGGUGUUGGAUGACGACGACGAGGUGAAGGUAGAAAAGAGCUGCGUGGAACAGAUGGAGAAGCACAAAGAACCAGAGAGCCCGGCGCUGGAGACCCAACCUGCAGAAGCAUGUCCAGCACCACCCAGUCCCAGUGCCAUAGAGGAGGACAGCGUCCAGUUCAACAAGCUGUCGUACCUGGGUUGCACGUGGGUCAAAGCCCCUCGCAACGAGGCAGAGGCGCAGAGAGCCAUGGCCACCCUGCGAGCGGAGAGUGCCAUCCCGAUUCCCAUCACCCUGCACGUUCCCUGUGGUCCAGAUGGUUCUGUCAGAAUCGUAGACCAGGCCUCAGGAACCGAGAUCGCCUCCUUCCCCAUCUACAAGGUGUUGUUCUGCGCUCGUGGGCGGGAGGACUCUGUGGAAAGCGACUGUUUCUCCUUCACCGAGAGUUACAGAAGUUCAGAGGACUUCCAGAUUCACGUUUUCUCCUGCCACAUCAAAGAGGCCGUCAGCCGGAUCCUUUACAGUUUCUCCACGGCCUUUCGGCGCUCUUCACAGCGAACAGAUGUCAGGGACACAUCGGUCUCCGGUCCUCCUGACGGUGAUCUCUAUACCUUCACCGUCUCGCUGGAGAUCAGAGAAGAUGACGGCAAAGGCAACUACAACCCAGUGCCAAAGGACAGGGAUAAGUUUUACUUUAAGCUGCGACAGGGUGUCCAGAAGAAGGUGCUGGUUUCCGUUCAACAAAUGUGCAACAAGGAGCUGGGCAUCGAAAGGUGCUUUGGGAUGCUGCUGAGUCCCGGACAGAAAGUCUGCAACAGUGACAUGCAUCUUCUUGACAUGGAAUCGAUGGGAAAGAGCUCAGAUGGGAAGGCCUACAUCAUCACAGGAACGUGGAAUCCCAACAUGGCAGCUUUCCAGCCGCUGAAUGAAGACACGCCUAAAGAUAAGCAAGUCUACAUGACGGUGGCCGUGGACCUGGUAGUGACCGAAGUGUUGGAACCUGUUCGCUUCCUGCUGGAGACCCUCGUCAGAGUCUAUCCGUCAAACGAGCGCUUCUGGUACUUCAGCCGCAAGCCCUUCAGCGAAACCUUCUACCUCAAACUGCGACAGCAGGCCCCAGACAGAGUGAGUCAGAGUGAUGCUGUGUAUGAAGUGGUGAGCCUUCAGAGGGAGGCCGAAAGAAACAGCGAAGAAAGAGAGCGGGUCACCUCCCCUAAUGAGGAAGAAGAUGUCGAUGAAGACAGUGAUAGUGAAAUCUCCAGCGGGACUGGAGAUGUGUCCAAGGACUGUCCGGAGAAAAUACUGGAGUCAUGGGGAGGAAUCCUCAGCAGAUGGCACGCAAACCUGUCCACUCGUCCGAAGGGUUUGCCCUCAUUGGUCCGCGGCGGCAUCCCCGAGCCGCUCAGAGCCGAAGUCUGGCAGCUGCUGGCCGGUUGCCACGACAACCAUGACCUGCUUGAACACUACCGCAUCCUCAUCACCAAGGACUCGGCACAGGAAAAUGUCAUCACCCGUGACAUCCACCGUACUUUUCCGGCUCAUGACUACUUCAAAGAAUCUGAUGGAGAUGGACAAGAUUCCCUGUACAAGAUCUGCAAGGCUUAUUCGGUCUAUGAUGAGGAAAUUGGUUACUGUCAGGGCCAGUCUUUUCUGGCUGCUGUUCUUCUGCUACAUAUGCCAGAGGAACAAGCCUUCUGUGUGUUGGUGAAAAUAAUGUAUGAUUACGGCCUCAGAGCUCUGUACAAAAACAACUUUGAAGAUCUUCACUGCAAGUUCUAUCAGCUGGAGAAGCUAAUGCAGGAACAACUCCCAGACCUUUGGGCCCACUUCCAGGAGCUGAACCUGGAGGCACACAUGUAUGCCUCCCAGUGGUUCCUCACCCUCUUUACGGCCAAGUUCCCCCUCUGCAUGGUUUUCCACAUCACUGACUUGCUGCUUUGCGAGGGACUAAGCAUCAUCUUCAAUGUGGCCCUGGCCCUGCUCAAGACAUCCAAAGAGGACCUCCUGCAGGCAGACUUCGAGGGAGCUCUCAAGUUCUUCAGAGUCCAGCUUCCUAAGCGCUACAGAGCUGCAGAAAACGCCCGGCGGCUCAUGGAGCAGGCCUGCAACAUUAAGGUUCCAACAAAAAAGCUGAAAAAGUUUGAGAAGGAGUAUCAGGCGCUGAAAGAGAGCCAGCUGCAACAAGAGGACCCCAUCGAUCGAUACCAGAGGGAGAACCGGCGACUACAGGAAGCCAGUAUGAGGUUGGAGCAGGAAAAUGACGACCUGGCGCACGAGCUGGUCACCAGUAAGAUCGCCCUCCGAAAUGAUCUCGACCAGGCUGAAGACAAGGCGGACGUUUUGAACAAAGAGCUGCUGAGCACCAAACAACGGCUGGUGGAGACGGAGGAGGAGAAGAGGCGGCAUGAAGAGGAGACUGCUCAGCUGAAGGAGGUGUUCAGGAGGGAACUGGAGAAAGCAGAGAUGGAGAUCAAGAAAACCACAGCCAUCAUAGCUGAGUACAAACAGAUCUGCUCCCAGCUGAGCACCAGGCUGGAGAAACAGCAGGCGGCGACCAAAGAGGAGCUCGACAUCGUCAGGAACAAAGUCAUGGGCUGCGAGCACUGCAGGGACCUGUUCAGUCCUCUGGGCUCCCUGCAGGCUUCGUCCCCCGGCAGCGACGGGACGUCCAGCGAGCCUCUGGACGAGGAGAAGGACGGCCUGAAGGAGCAGCUCAGGCAGCUGGAGCUGGAGCUGGCUCAGACCAAACUCCAGCUGGUGGAGGCAAAGUGCCGAAUCCAGGAGCUCGAGCAUCAGCGGGGAGUCUUGAUGACUGAGAUCCAGGCUGCUAAGAACUCGUGGUUCAGCAAGACUCUGGGAUCCCUGAAGAGCUCAGCCUCCUCUUCCUCCAGCUCGACAUCCCAGACGCCGUCCUCUCCCAGGGAUGGGCCGGCCUAGCUGGAGCGCCAUCGCCCUCUCCCCCAACGUUCCCCCCGCAGGAGGCACACUAGUGUUGUGAACAAAGGCUGAAGAAACUAGUGAAGGACGAAUGCAGUAUUCCUUUUUUUUUUUCAGCAGAUGGAAAAAGUGAGCUUCCUGGAUUUGUGGACUGCAAGCUGAAGAAGAGGAGGAAGGCAGGAUGGCGGUGUGCUUAAAAAAAAAAAAAAGACUAAACUUUUCCAGUUACGUUCCCUGCUCUACAGCUGCAGAAUCCGGUGAAGGUGAAGCGUCAUCAAAGUCUGAGAUUAGUUUAAAGAUAAUUUGUUAGUUUAUAAUAAGCAUUCACAAGGGUCUUAAAGCUCAAUUAGCUUCAUCUUGUGGACAGUUGUUGCAAUUGCAGAUACAUAAAAUUUUAGCUUAAUUUCUGGUAGCUGAGACUUAAACCUGCUUCCAGUUUUACAUUAUAGGGCACGAUUUUUAAUGAUGGUGCUCCAUCACAGUAGUUUUAUACAUCUACUAUUAAAAAUAUGACUAUGUCCAUCCACCCUCUUUAAUAGAGAAACGCCCAGCACUCUAAAGAAAGGAAUACUGCCUACUAUAGUAAAUUAAAGCAUCACAGAAGUUGCAAUUCUUUAUAGUAAUAUAACAUAAACAAUGUUGUCUUAUAAAUAUGUAUAACUAAUUGCCGACGUUUUUUUUUUAAAUUUUGUUUUAAAUAAUCUUGUACAGUUCUUUAUGAAAAAACACACAGAAAAGUUCUUAUUUUUCUUUUCUACUGUUUGGAAGUCGAAUGUCAUCGCUGUAAGAUGUCGAUGUAAGCGCAGCGUGUGAGGGAUCGGGUCGAGUCCAAAAGCCGCGGGGCCUAAAAGUGCCGACCUGCAGAGGCGUUCCGUUCACUAAUCUGCCGGAUCCGUUCAGAUCCAGCAGAACAUCAGCUGCAGUUUGUGACAAACUUCAUGUAAUCAUAACUUAAAUUGGCUCUUUUCUGUUUUAAAUUGUGAUUUUUUUUUUUUUUUAGGACUUUUAAUAAUGCAGUUUAAUUCAUGGUUUGCAAUUAGCACACAUAACGAUUCAUCCAUAUUUUGCUGCCUUUCCUUUGUCCACUAAGAGAAGGAAGGCCAAGGUGCGCCCUCUACUUGGUGCUCUUUCCAUGUGGCCAAACCUCUUUUCUGCGCAGAAACACGCAGCUGUGGAGCGUACUUUGUCUGGUGUUAAAACAUAGAUAAAACGCUUUUAAAAACUCGCCCGUCAGCCGCACAGCUAACGUUACGCAGCCAGUAUAUUUCCUGCUUAACCUUUAAACAUGGAAUAAACACCUGCUAAAUUUGUAGUUAACAAGUGAAAAUGCUCAUUGUGCAGGGAAAUAUGGGUUUUUUUGUUGCCAUUUUGCUGUUUAAAGAGCAAAAAGCAUAACAAGUUGAUUUUGGUUCAUUAGUUGGGCGCUUUGCUGUAGUAGCCAGUCUGCAGUCAGCUGCUAAGUGGCUCUUCUUUCUGGUUCACAUUGUGACAGUUUUUCACAACCUGAAAUUAUUCAAACUGACAAAGUUUGUCUUUCUUGUGAGCAAGGGAAACAUGUAGAAACCUUUGUUUUCAUGCAGCUAAAUGGCAGUGCACAGCAACAGGUGAGGGAGCAUUUUAGGUGAAGGGCGGAAAAUCUACAAGAAAAAAAAAAGCUCCAGUUGCCUUCUGCUCGAGCACUAGGGAGGGUCUGGAACUGGUUUCCACAACGUUUUGCCUCAUUUCUUUGGAUUUAAUGACCUUACGAUAACUGGUCCUACCCCAGGGGACCACAUCCUGCUUAACCCAGCCCUGGCUUAAAAAAACUGUCACUCCAGCACUUUCUGUUGCCUCUCGUUUAAAGGAUUUAAAACACUUUAGAAUUCCUUUAUCUGCAACCUUUUAAGAGUUAAAGCAAAAAAAUAAAAUAUCCUCUGACUCUAAACACCUGGGUGUAGACAGCACCCAGAUGAUCAGCCCUCCUUUACCCCAGAUAAACAUCUUUUAUCUUGUGACAGUAAGAAGCAACUAGAGGUGGCAGUGUUGCUCCGUCGUUGCCAAACCGUCGCGAAGCCAUCCGUUCGAUUGUGCCAACGCCCCUUUUGUUCUUAGUUUUUACACUUUUUUUAAUUUCUCUGGGUUUUUAGCCAAGAAAAGCACAAAGUUUCCACGUGUUUAUUGUGAAUCCCCCCAUUUGAAAAACGUUUGUGACAUUCUAUGUGUUUUGGAGACUAUUAUUGAGGUCCCCAAACACAAAAACAGAGAACAUUUCAUAUUCAGGUAAAUGUUGAGGGUGAUCUUGUUGCCAAAAAUGUAAGUUUUGCUCAAGCGUUGAUGCACUUUAGCUUCAUGUCAGAGGCGCUCCUCUGGUUUAUCUCUCUCUCUGGUUAACGUUGAUGUCGGCCUUUGGACUCGCACCAAUCCGACGUGUACUUUGUCUCUGGGUGUGUGUGUUUGCUGUAACUUUGAACAUUUGAAGUCGAUCCGUUUCUUCGUCUUCACGUUGCUGCCUUUUCUGUUGAUGACUGAAGCAGCUGGCUGAAGAAACAAAAAAAGCCAUCUGAGUAUCUGAACUCUGAGAGCAUCAACUGUGCCAUAAGAGCCUCUCCACGGUCUUCCUCUGCGCUCCGGACCAUCUGUCCCACCCUGACAGUAACUGUUUUACCCUAAAUCGUUUUCAUCCCAAUAAAAUCCUUACGCCAGGAUUUAUUUCACUCUUUUCAGGACAUUCCUUCUUUGCUGUUGCGCAUCGUUCCUGUUGGUCAGUCAGUGGAAGUUGUUAAACCAGGUAAAAUGUAAACUGUGGCCAAGCUGGAGAGAGCUCCCAGUCUGUUAUGUGCACUAACCAAAUGUGGAUAUUUGAAACACUAUUUUAAGAUGUUUUUUUUUGUUUUUUUUUUUAUCUAAUGACUGUUGCUGAGAAGACGUUUGCCCACUUUUCAUCUAAUUCAGUUAGUUUCAGACAUCCGUAAGCAGCCGAUGAGUCAGAUUGGAGGUCGUUGUUGUCGUGUAGUUUACAGUUUGCUGUAAGUUCUCAGUCCUGUUACAGACGGCUCCUCAGCCGAUCUGACGUCUGUUUCCCUGUACAGAAACUGUUUCCAAUGCAUUAAUAAACCUCCGUUUGUUCAUGAAA